AUGGAACAAGCUCCACCUCCUGCUAACGUCGUCGAGUCUAUCACAUCAUUCCAACUUCACCGGAACUUGAAUCUUCCUCCAGGUUACGGAUUUCACGCAUCCGACGCACAGUUAUUGCAACUAUUCCUCGGUCCUUUCGUAGAUGAACGCGAACUGAAGACUUGCCCUAUCCACAACAUCACCGGCGAUGUAUACUCCUCUUCUCCAGACGUUCUUACCGGUGCAUAUGAGCAUGACGGAGAAGAUAAAUGGUUCUUCUUUUGUACUAACAAGUACGAUGAUGACGUUACUUCAAGGGCCGGUCGUGUUAUCGUCGGCGGCGGAGGUGAAUGGGUAAAGAUGGGUCCCAGCAAGAAACUAUUUGCGAAUAAUACGCUUCUUGGUUUCAAACGUACUCAAGACUUCUACGUUCAAGGCAUGGAUCUUUCAUAUUGGAGGAUGGAGGAAUUAUCACUUAGAGCCAAGGUAUGCAUCGACUUUGUAUCAUUAGAUUAG